AUGUCAGCCUACGACGCCAUCGAUACCUCCAACUGGGCCCCGGGUACGCGCUACUUCACCAAGAUCACAGACACAGACCAUGCUGGAUGGCUCUACAUCAUCACCUUGCUGUCUUUUGUCUACGCUCUCGUCGCUCUGGCCAUCCGCUUCGCUGCCAAGUAUGGUAUGAUGGAAGUGCAACAGCAUCCUCGCGUCAGACAGACUGCUGAUCUUCCAAGGCAUGUACGGACAUGACGACUGGGCGCUUCUCGGAUCCACCGGCCUCGCCAUAGGACAGUAUGUAUCCGUUCUGGCUGCGCUCAGCAAAGGCCUAGGCAAGAGUCAAACCCUCCUCGGCAUUCAUCGCUUGCUGGAGCUGCAGCGCGUAAGCAUCUUCUUCAUCCGAGAAGCUGAUCUUGCCGCUGAUUCUUUCCAACCCAGUAUGCAGCCGCUCACGCCUAUCUCUUCGUCCUAGCACAUUGCGCCUCCAAGCUCUCAACAGCAGUCCUCACCAAACGACUGUUCGACAAUGGAUCCCGACGCAACAUCUACACCUGUUGGGCACUCAUCAUAUCCAGUCUCUUCUUCGGUUUCGUCGGCAUCCUCUGCCUUUCCUCGGCAUGCUCCAAUCCCUACGCAGACACAUGCAGGCACCGAGUAAGUGUAUCAAUCCCUCCAAAACAUCCAAAACAUCCAGCUGCUAACUCUCAUAACCAUCAAACAGUUCGCCCGCUGGCAAAUCAUCCUGGCAAUCGACAUCAUCACCGAAGUCAUGCUCGUAGCGAUCCCCCUCACCCUCAUCUGCGACAUCCUCAUCAAGAGAUCCGCCAAGAUCACCGUCCUCGCCGUCUUCGGCGCCCGUCUCGUCGACAUCGUCUUCGCAUCGAUGAACCUCCACCGCAUCGCCCUUCUGGAAGGCACCCACGACAAAGCACUCGCCGUCGUGCCCUCCAUGAUGUGGACCCAAGCCGAACUCCUCUGGUCCAUCGUCUCGGCCUCCCUCCCCUGCCUGAAGACCUUCAUGCGUCCCUUCGACAAGAUCGACGACGACGGCGGCGGCGUGUGGAACUCCACCCAAGCAAACGGAUACCCUUCGACGGGGGCCAGGAGCUGGAGAGUAGGCGGGGAUCUGACAUGGGAUAAGGAAUCCGGGAUCUUACCCGAGGGGAAUUGCAGAAGGGCCGCCGCGGCCUCGACGUCGGGAUUCCGUCCGGAGAACGUGAGUCAUGAUGUCGUUAUCAGCCAUUUUGUCGACGGGGAGGAGACGCGGAGGAGUUGGGGCAGUCAGGAACAUAUCAUCAAGCAGUCUACGCAGGUGGAAAUCACGAGGGAAGGCGGUGGAGGUGGUGGUGGUGUUGGUGGUGGUGGGAGGGACCCGUACGAGAUUCCAUGA